AUGGAUCGUCUUUUCCUUGAUACUGCCAACCACCACAUCCAACCAAUAACCCACCACUUUUCUGCCAUCCAUCGUCUACCAUCAUGCCACUCUUCGUGCCCACUCUCCUCCAACCGUCGAUUUACGCCAUAUGACAUCCAGCCUCAGCUCACCUACACCCCUAACGAGGCCUGCGCACAAACUAAACCCGACUCGGAUCGCGUUCACCCAACUCAAUCCCUUCAUCGCCUACCUCGCCGCUCGUCUUCAUCGGCGAUUUUCGAAUGGGACAUCGAACCUCCCGUUAUCCCCUCUCCGCCCACACUCCCCCAUCACCCGCCCAACCCCCAUAGGGUAUCACGCGCGAAGUCGACUGAACAGUUGGAGCAGUCCGUUCCAUCUGUUUUGGAUUCCGCCGCGUCCAUCCUCGCGUCCAUCGACGACUCGCAUGCGGAGGAGCAGGUAUCUGUAGAGGCCCCUGCCUCUCGGAGCAGUGGCUUUGCCAGCCCGUUGAGUUUCAGGAGCAGGAGUCUCAAUCCAUUGGGUGUGAGGAACGUGUCCGCUGUCGGUGUACCAGUCCACAACCACCUUCUGAGCCCAACUACCAUCCCUCCCGUCGUCGCUCCGCAUUCACCCACCCAGCUUCCAGCGGUCAGGUCUACGAUCCAGACACGGACGGAUUCGGCGACAGCAACGGUGGCUUCCAUGCCAUCCCUCGUUACGCCUACGUCGGCGUACUUCUCGACUACGUCAUCGAUCGGUAGUUCGUCGUCUUCGUCUUCCCCUACUACGACCACUGCGCAAGAACAUCCGCUUGCGUCGCUUCCCGAGCCAAACGCACCGUUCCAACAUGCCUCUAAUACGAAUAGCCCCAAUGCGGGGUUCUCCCCCCUUUUACUGUCUUCUCAUCCCCCAUCCCCUACCCACGCAGCAAAGAAACGCCUUUCGUUCAUGUCAUUUUCGGAUUUACUUUCCUCCACUCCGACGUCUACGCUACCCCUUUCGUCGCUUACUACCUCGGCGUCGACUUUUGAACCACCCCCGCAUAUACCUGGUGUUAGUGGGCUGGGGAUCGUUUCUGGGGGUGGACUGACGAACGAGAGGUCGAGUAUAAGGGGUGGAGUGACUCAUCCUGGAAAGAGGGAUAGUAUUGCGUUGUUGGAUAACGUUGGUGGGGAGCGGGAGAGGCAGGGGCUUGGCAUGGGGUUGGAAGAGAGGUUGGAUGCCGUUUUGGGCAAGGCGUAAGGAGUCGUUGACCGCCCUUUGAGCUGAGUAUGUUAUCCUUUUUCGAUUUUCUUUAUGCUUAUCCUUGUUUGUCGGACUUGACGUCGUUUAUGUUACACCGCCAUCACUAAUUUCGUUCUACCACUAUGAAUCAUUUACUUACAACGCGUAAAAUCGUCAUCGUUGUACA